UUUCCGGUUCACAGUUUGCCGGGGUCCUGACAGCGCGGAUUAGAGUCACACAGAAACACGUUUAAUUUCUCUCUUUCAGCUUCGUUAAAACUACUAUAAAAUCAUGUCCGGCAGGGAAGGAGGCAAAAAGAAACCACUGAAGGCACCCAAGAAACAGAACAAGGAUAUGGAUGAGGAUGACAUGGCCUUCAAGCAGAAACAGAAGGAGGACCAGAAAGCCAUGGAGGCGAUGAAGGCCAAAGCUUCAGGAAAAGGACCUCUAGCGAGCGGUGGCAUCAAGAAAUCAGGCAAGAAGUAAAAACCUGAAGACGAUGUGUGUUUGCUCCCCCAGCUUCGCCUCCUGCUGAGAUGUUUAUACGCUUGCUGAGAGACUCCAGUUCGUUUUCUGUUCUUUUAAAAACACAAAACCAUCUAACUCAGAACAAGUCCCGGUGUCGACUUCUUCUUCCUCCACAGUGCAAAAAUUAAACUUCGAGAACAGUCCCAUCUGUUCUCGGUCAGACCCAGAACCCACAUCACAGCCCCCCCCUGCCGCCCCCUUUAAUGUCAUGUAAUUUGAGGUUUCACUCUGGUAUCUGUUGUUGCGUCUCAGUCGUUCACACGCUGACCAAAAUCCUCAAAUUCAGUUUAGAAAUGAAGCUCAGCAGCUUUAGAGACGGAUAACAAGUCCUGAUCUACACUUUGUUUUAUUUUGUGUCCAUUUGAAACUUGAAAUAUCAGAAACACAUAAACCCCCCCCCGACCCCCACCCCCCCAAACUUCUUUUUUGUCAGAUUUUUGUCUUAUUGUAAAGAGGG